AUGGCUGACGAGUACGCCGACUUGAAGCAAAUGUUACAGCAGCAGCACCUGAAGCUGGUGGAGGCUCUGACCUUCAAGCUAUCCAAUUUAUCCAUGGGCCAAUCAAGAGCGGCUGGUGGUUCACAUUCUGUCGAUCACACUGCCAGCAGCAUCACUGAUUUCUUGUAUGACCCGCAGGCCCAUAUCACUUUCGAUGCCUGGUACAAACGAUACGAGGACUUGUUCUCUGUCGAUCUUUUUUCCCAGGACGAUGCAUGUAAGGUUCGACUUCUACUUCGCAAACUGGGUCCGGCUGAACACGAGCGUUGUGCUAACUUCAUUCUCCCCAAGAAUUCCCGAGAACUUACUUUCAAGGACACGGUUCAGACGUUGUCGCAGAUUUUUGGUGACCAAUCAUCCCUUUUGAACCCUCGAUUUCAGUGCCUGCAACUGUAAAAACGAUAUUCCGCUGAUUUCAUCACGUAUGCGGACAUUGUCAAUCGUGAGUGUGGGCGUUUCCAACUCGGUUCUCUCACUGAAGACCAGUUUAAAUGCCUAACAUUUAUCUGCGGCCUCUAGUCCCCCAAGGAUGCUGAUAUCCGGACACGUCUGCUGUCCAAACUGCAGCAGAACAACUCAAUCACACUCCAAGAGCUCGCAGCAGAGUGCCAAACGCUGAUCAACCUCAAGCACGACUCUGCAAUGAUUCAGAACCCUGCGUCAUCUUCCUCAGUCCAUUCGGUCACAUCGACCAAAUCGCGGUCCAAGCAAGUGUCCAAGGCGAGAUCUCCGCCACCCCCUUGUCGGCACUGUGGCGCGUGGCAUUUCCACAGGGAUUGCACUUUCCGCAGCAUCGCUGCCAAAGCCGUAAUCAGGUGGGACAUCGUUAUGGGUUCUGCAAAUCAGUACCAGCUUCUGGAGGCAAGCCAGCCCCCGUAACUCCUAAUUCCAGGCAUCGUUUCCGGUCAAAACGCAAGCCCAACCCCCAGUCCGUUCGUAAUUCUCUCAGUCUCUUGGCUGCUUUCCAGCUCAAUGCAUCUGGUCGUAGAAAAUUUGUUGACGUUUUGCUCAAUGGCCAUGCAGUUUGCCUACAGUUGGACACAGCUUCAGAUAUCACCAUAAUCUCUUAGAGACUCUGGCAGUCCCUUGACAGCCCCAGGAUCCAGCAGACUUCCCAGUCCACCACAAGCGCGUGCCGUGGUCUCGUUCAGCUAAUUGAGCAACUGCAAUGCUGUGCGUCUUUCCGCGGUACCAGCAUCACUGCGAUCUGCUACAUCACCAAGUCUGAAGUCAACCUACUUGGUCUCGACUGGAUUGGACAACUUGCUUUGGCCGGUAUGCCGCUGCGAGUUGUUUGCAGUCAGGUGAAGAUUCCCGCUGUGCUUACAGACCAAGCCAAGGACAUUCUUCAACGGUUUGCUCCAGUGUUCCAAGACGGCCUGGGUCGUUGCACACACACACUCAAGCCGUGCCGCAUCUGUCUCCUGGAAGUCAACCAGUCUUCCGUCCAAAACGACCAGUCCCAUAUGCAGCUCUACCACUUUUCGAGACUAAACUGAAGCGUCUAGAGGAACUGGGAGUUCUGGUUCCUGUAUCCUACUCCGCCUGGGUCGCUCCAAUCGUUGUGGUUAAGAAGCCCAAUGGCUCGAUUCGCAUUUGUGUUGACUACUCCACCGGUCUCUAUGCCGCACUGACGCCGAACUGUCAUAUACUGCCGGUUCAGGCUGGUCUUUUCACCCUGCUGAAUGGUGGCACGUGCUUUGCCAAGUUGAAUCCCGCUGAUGCGUAUCUGCAGAUCGAGGCCGCCCCAGAGUCGCGCGAAUUGUUGACCAUCAACACCCACCGCGGUCUGUUCCAAUACACCAGGCUGCCCUUUGGUGUCAAGACCGCCCCAGCCCUAUUUCAACAAACGAUGAACGCAAUGCUCUCCGGCAUCCCUGGCCCAGCUGGGUAUCUGGACGACAUUAACAUCGUGGGUCGCUCCCCUACCGAGCUGCAAGACCGAGUGUGCGCAGUACUCGAACGCGUGCAGGAAUAUGGCUUUCACCCACGGGCUGACAAGUGCUACUCCUUCCUCGACUCCAUCAAGUACCUCGGAUUUGUUUUUGACGUCACUGGUCGCCAUCCAGAUACCGAAAACAUUCGGGCCAUCCAACGAAUGCCUACACCCAAGAAUGUGUUGCAACUUCGUUCGUUCCUUGGCCUGAUCAGCUACUAUAGCGCCAUCCUACCAUCGCUGCAUGACGUACGGGCCCCGCUAAACCGUCUGUUGCAGAAGGAUGUUCCCUGGUGCUGGUCUCCCUACUGUGAAAAUGCCUUCGCCCAGCAGUCAUCAGGAACCAGAGGAAGACACGGUGAUUGCCGCCAAUUCGAUUGAGGACGAUGUGCGCCGUCAGCUACCAGACGCCAUACGAGGUAUCCCUGUCACUGCCGCGGACAUCCGACGUGCUACUGAACAGGAUCCUGUCAUCCGUCAGGCCGUCACCUACGUUCAGACCUGCUGGCCAACCAUUGCUCUCGCUGGCGAUCUUCGCCAGCUCUUCCUCCGCCGAGCAUCGCUAUCUGUGUUUGACUCCCGCCUCAUGUUUUCGGACCGUGUGGUGCUCCCAUCUUCCCUCCGACCCGCUAUACUAGGCAAGUUCCAUGCCACUCAUCCUGGUACCAGCCGAAUGAAGUCUAUUGUUCGCAGUUUUGCUUGCAAACCGGGUAUCGACGACGAUAUCGAUGACCUGGUUCGACGCUGUUCUCGAUGUCAGCAAGCUGCCAAGAUGCCGCCUCGUCAACCGCCAGUACCCUGGCAACCAAUGGAGAGGCCUUGGUCACGCGUGCACAUCGACUUUGCUGGCCCACUUAACGGAGUCUCCUAUCUAAUCUUGGUUGACGCCUACUCAAAAUGGCCCGAGAUUGCUCCGCUGAAUCCAGCAACCACAUCUCCCACUAUCGCCUUCCUACGACGCAUCUUUAGCCAGCAUGGCUUACCAGAAGUCCUGGUUUCAAAUAAUGGCUCUAAGUUUACUGCGUCCACAUUUGAGGAUUUCUGCCGCCAAUACAACAUCCAGCAUCUUCGCUCGCAGCCCUACCAUCCUCAGUCUAAAGGUCAGGCGGAACGUUUUGUCGACACGUUUAAGACAGCCCUCUUGAAAGCUCGUGGGGAAGGAACCACGGACGAGAUAGUCCAGGCGUUCCUGUUUUCCUACAGGACAACACCGAACUCGGCGUCCCCUGGUGGCGUUUCUCCUGCCGAGGCGUUGAUGGGCCGAAAACUGCGUACAGCAUUCAAUGCACUCAUCCCUACCCGUACGCAGCGCGCGCAGAAUUCUCCACUCGCUCGCAGCAAGGUCUCCAUCGGAACACCUGUCUUUGUCCAUGAUUAUCGAGCGGGGCUCCCAGACUGGAUUGAAGCAACCGUAGUAAAUAAUAAAUAA